CCCCCUUAUCAAGUUUAAUUUGAAGAGACUAUUCUUGUUAAAUAACGGUAUGAAAGUUUAAAUUUGUAUUUGGGGACGGGAAGCUGCUUUUUUGGGGGUUCGAAAUGGGAGAGGUCGGAUGACAAGGGUCUGGGGCGAGUGGCAAUGUUUGACGUCGUCGGGUUGAGUCACACAGUUGAUGCAGAGAAACAGGCAUUGUCAACACGCGAUUUCGAGCAGGUUUGGCAGAGGAAAACAUUUCAUAAAUACACGAUAUAAUGUCUAACGAGCAAGAAACUUCUUCAAGGUCAAGCGGGGGAAGCCUUUCUUUAUCUGAUCAUGAGGACUUAGGCGUGAUCUCAACAAACAUAGAGCCAUACAUCGACGACCCUUUGGCAUCUGAUGAUGACGAUGAUAUGUAUGGGGAAGGAGCGCCCCUUGCACGAGAGGGCGACGAAGAUGGUCUAACGCUAGCAUCGUUAGAAGCAAGAUUUCUUAGAAGAGAGCCUGUUGAGAACUGGUGCAUGUGCCAUAAGUGUUCCAUUGCAGAAUUGGCAGGAUCUAGAGAGUAUCGCUGCUGUUGGGAAAUUUUAUCAGCCCAUGGAAAACUCACUUUUGAUGGGAGCAUUGACAGGAUCAAAUGUGUCACUCAGCAUGAUGACUUUGUGGCACUUACAAACACAACUGUUUUAAAACAAGUAGCACCACUGUUGAAGUGCAGAGAUGGUAAAAGUUACAGAAAGAAGAAAGACACCACAGAAAAUGAGUUUAUGAGAGCAGUUGCAUAUAGAUGGCUGAUUAGAUGGAUAUGUGGAUACCUUGGCUGGGAUAAUAGCAGACCUUUGUCAGCAUGCAUCUAUGAACACAUAAGAAAAAAGUUUCCAGUGAGAGCAAUCACUGGCUUUAUGGCAUCAGAAGAAAGGAACUAGUUGCUACAUGAACAUUAAAUAUUUUCUGGAUCAUUUGUUUCUCUCAUGGGGAGACUAAAGAAUGUAAUGUCACUGAGGGUGAUCAAAAAGCUAACCACACAAAUUACUGUAGGCUACAAUUACUGUAGCUUACAAUUUUUUUUCAGAUUUCUAAAUCUUUUGACAUGUCCUUUGAUGACAAAUUUGAACAUUUAUGUUGCAUAUUGCAAGUUCCUAAAUGACCUCUUGUGACAUUCAUUCUUUAGCUUUAGUACAGUAUACCGGGUGAACCAGAAAAAAGUUCCCACUUUUGAAAAUUCAUAGCAAAGAUGGCCUUCCUAAUGCCAUAUCAACGUAAUCAACAAUCUUCUUUUGAAUUUGGGCAUCUUUUUUGAGGGUGUCCUUUCAUUGGCAUUUUGCACUUCUUGCAACAUCUUUGCCUAUUUCUGGCCAAGUCUUGUGCUUGUUGUUGCUUUUCUCUAUAUUCUCUUAAAAGCUCUUCUUGGACAUUAGCUGUCAAAAUUAAAGAAUACUAAAUGUAUUUCAUUGAAGCAAACUUUUGGAAGUCAAUACAGUCAAACUCGUAUCUAUAAGUCAGAUCACUUUGGACCAAGAAAACUAUGUACUUGGAUGCAA